AUGCCACAUCAAUCUGCAGAUAUAAUUAAUUUAAAUGUUGGUGGUCAACGUUUUUCUACUAGUCGACAAACAUUAACAUGGAUAUCAGAUUCAUUUUUUACUGCCAUGCUUAAUGGAUUAAUAUCAACAAAUCGUGAUGAACAAGGAGCAAUAUUUAUUGAUCGUGAUCCAAAAUUAUUCUCAAUUAUUUUAAAUUAUUUACGAACAAAAGAACUUGAUAUUAAUGGUUGUGAUCUACAUAUGUUAAAACAUGAAUGUGAAUUUUAUGGUGUUCAACCAUUGAUUCGUCGUUUACAACUUUGUGAAGAUCUUGAACAUAGUCAAUGUGGUGAUGUACUUUUUAAUGGUUAUAUUAAUCCACCACAUUCAACAAAUACACCAACUUUAUUUGAAUCAGCACAUAUAACAUUGCCUCAACCGAUAGUUUAUCAACCACCUAUUUGUCAACCGACAAGUGCUGUUCGACCUGGUACAGCAUUACGAUUAAAUAAUAUGAUGCAACAAACUUUAAAUCGUAGUGCAUCACAAAUAGGUGAUUUCAGAGCUUUAUCAAAUGACUUUGUAACUACGGGUCCGUCAGCAUCAAGUGUAAGUCGUGGACAUUCACGAGCAUCAUCAACCGAUUCUGUUCUUUGGGCAACUCACCAAUCUUCUGUAUCGUCUUCUCAUUUUCGUCAAAAAUCAGGUGCAUUUAUUGAUAAUCAUCCUCCACUACAAAAUUCUCCCAAUGCAAGUGUCAUUCUCCUUGCUGGACAUCAUAAUUGGAUUAGUGCUGCAUAUUCAAAUAAUGUUGUUAUGUGUUAUAAAAUGAAAGAUACAAGUGGAUGGCAAUUAAUGUUUGAAUCAGAAGUUCAAUCGGAUGAUAUUUAUCGUUUAGCUAUAACAGCUCGUUCAUCAUCGUCGUCAUCAUCAGCAGCAGCAGCCACAGCAAAUCAACAGUCACAAGAAUCAACAUCUAAUCUUCGAGAAUCAAAACUUCUUGCUAUUGCUGUACGAACAAAUGUUCGACUUUGGAAUAUAGUUGAUGCAUCUAUACAUACUAUUAUUGGAACGUUUGCAUUUGGUGGACCGAUUGAUAAUUUAUUUUUUAUUAAUUCACAAUUAGUAGCUACAGGUGAUGAAAGAAAAGUCGGUGUAUGGCAUUCGCUAUCACAGCAAUGGCAAACACAAGAACUAACACGUAUAUUAAGUUUUGAUACUGCUGGAACAUUUUUAUUACUUGGAAGUGAAUCAGGAUCAAUUUAUUAUUUUGAUAUGCAAAAAUUUCCUUUAAGAAUGAAAGAUAAUGAUUUAUUAAUUACGGAAAUAUUCAAAGAUCCAGCUGGUGAAUCGAUUACAGCAUUAAGUGUUUAUUUGACACCAAAAACAAGUGUUACAGGCAAUUGGAUUGAAAUAGCUUAUGGAACAAAUUCUGGUAUUAUUCGAAUUGUAGUACAACAUCCAGAAACUGUUGGUCAUGGUCCUCAAUUGUUUCAAACAUUCUGUGUUCAUCGCAGUCCUGUCACAAAGAUUAUGCUUUCGGAACGACAUUUGAUCAGUGUAUGUGCUUCAAAUAAUCAUGUUCGUACAUGGAAUGUAACUCGUUUUCGUGGUAUGAUAUCUACACAACCAGGAUCAACACCACUUGCUUCCUAUCGUAUUGUAUCUAUUGAGCCAGCUCGAUCAAUUGCUAGUUAUACGGCUGGCAACGAUAUUGGACCAUAUGGUGAUCGUGAUGAUCAGCAAGUGUUCGUUCAAAAAGUAGUACCAUUUGAAACGAAUCAAAUUUAUGUUAGAUUCUGUUCAACAGGCAAACGAGUUGCUGUUGUUCGAUCUGUAGAUAGUUCGCCAAUAAGUUGUUUUACAAUACAUGAAUGUGAAGGACCAUCAAGAUUAAGUACACGUCCUCGUCGAUUUAUAUUCACUGGUCAUGACAAUGGAUCGAUACAACUAUUUGAUUUAACAACUGCUAUUGAAAUUUGUUCAACUUCUGAUUUAAAUUCUCUCUCAUUAUCAUCAUCUUCUCAUCAUCAACAUAGUGGUGGACCAUCACCAGCUGAUUUACUGAAAAUGCUUGAUCAUUGUGAUUUUGCAGCCACUAGUGGUCAACAUCAAAAUUUCUUAUCAUCACGUUGUCCAACACCUUGUUGCUCAAAUAACAAUUUACCAAUAUCAACUGGUAGUUAUACUACAGCUUUAAUAUCGUCACCAUCAGUACAAACAGUAACUAAAGAGGAUAAUGAUAAAAAUGUUUAA